GGUGGGGAGGGAAGGGAAGGGGGGGAGAGAAGCGAUCGCGAGAAAAAAAAAAAAAUGCAACCUCCCAAAAUAAAGAGCAAAGAUUGCAUUAGGAGCGAACAGCGCUGCAGAAAUAGAUGGCAGCUUCGUGUCAGUGAGUUUGCAUCCCCCUUCCUGAUCCACGAGCUGGAGUGAUUAGAGCCCUGGAAGGGAAUUGUUACUCCCGUGGAGAAGUCCCCUUUUCCUGGCAGCCGUCUGCACUUGUACAUGCUGGAUGCCUCUCUCCAUCCACCCCACUCACUCUCUCCUCUCUCACCUCCUCUCUUCCUCUCUCCUGCAUUGAUUUUUUUUUUUUCCUUUUUAGUUGACUGAAACAAAACAAAACAAAAGGGCCACUGGAUGUCUGCCUUCUUGGGGGGUGAGCCAGACAGACUGACAAACAAACAGACCCAACUGUGUUCGGGGGAGGGUUUCUCCUCCCGUUUUGCCCGGCAGCAGCAGCAUGGACGUGUUGGCUAGUUAUAGUAUAUUCCAGGAGCUACAACUUGUCCACGACACCGGCUACUUCUCAGCUUUGCCAUCCCUGGAGGAGACCUGGCAGCAGACAUGCCUUGAAUUGGAACGCUACCUACAGACGGAGCCUAGGAGGAUCUCGGAGACCUUCGGUGAGGACUUGGACUGUUUCCUCCAUGCUUCUCCACCCCCGUGCAUAGAGGAGAGCUUCCGGCGCUUGGACCCGCUGCUGCUCCCUGUGGAAGCCGCCAUCUGCGAGAAGAGCUCGGCAGUGGACAUUCUACUCUCUCGGGACAAGUUGCUGUCUGAGACCUGCCUCAGCCUCCAGCCAACCAGCUCUUCUCUCGACAGCUACACAGCCGUCAACCAGGCCCAGCUCAACGCAGUGACCUCAUUAACGCCCCCAUCGUCCCCUGAGCUCAGCCGCCAUCUGGUCAAAACCUCACAGACUCUCUCAGCCGUGGAUGGCACGGUGACGUUGAAACUGGUGGCCAAGAAGGCUGCGCUCGGCUCGGUCAAGGUGGGAGGGGUGGCAACAGCAGCGGCGGCUGUGGCGGCAGCUGGGACAGUUAAAAGCGGACAGAGCGACAGUGAGCAAGGAGGGGUGGGGGCCGAGGCAUGCCCCGAAAACAAGAAGAGGGUUCACCGCUGUCAGUUUAACGGGUGCCGGAAAGUUUAUACAAAAAGCUCCCACCUAAAGGCCCACCAGAGGACUCACACAGGUAGUGAGAAGCCUUAUAAGUGCUCCUGGGAAGGGUGUGAAUGGCGUUUUGCACGAAGUGACGAGCUCACGAGGCACUAUAGGAAACACACAGGUGCAAAGCCCUUUAAAUGCAACCACUGCGACAGGUGUUUUUCCAGGUCUGACCAUCUUGCCCUCCAUAUGAAGAGACAUAUCUAAAACCCCUAAAGGCCAGAGUUGCCAUGGCGUCGGCCGUUGUCUGAAGGAAAUGCCGUGAGGCCGGGGGCUGGACUUCAGGCGGGGAUCCAUUGCCUCGCAGAAGAAAGUUCUCACUCAUAAACCUCUGUGUACACACACACACACACACACACACACACACACAGACACACACACAGACACACACACACACGCACUCACAUAGACCCACACACAAGCACUGUCAUGCACUCAGCUAUAUUUAAAAUAUAUACGUCUAUUCUUUAUGCCUUGCCCUUGCCAGAUGGUAGAAGACGAAGAAGGAGGAAACCAGGUGAACUCAGCAAGGCAGACUGGCUGCUUACUUCAGCACUAUUGGAAUUAUUUCCCGCUGUUGCCAAUGGAAAUCAAAGAAAAUGGAUGUGACGUCUCUGCAGGUGGACGGCAGUAAGAGGGGCUUAUUUAACUUGCUUCUCAGUGCAACUUGAUAGGAGAAUACAACGUCGUAAAGUUGCAUAUGUGUAGCACUAAUGUUUCUUUUUAAAUAGUUGGGGGAAAAUGACCUAGAAAACCAAAUUGCAGUUUGGUAGCCAAAAUUAACUCUUGGUUUAUUUGUCCUUUGUGUGUGAAAAGUCCUACUAUUCCGUGCGUCCGACUUCCUCACAGAACUGUUGAUCGGUUUUGGUUCUUCUUAGUACUAUUGAGAUCUUUCGAGUCGAUACCAACGGCCUUAGCGGCGGCAGACUCUGGAAUAACACCUUACACCUUUCUGGCCUGCAUUUCUCUAGACUUCACUCUCAAGGGAGGAGUUUUCUUUUCUUACUUUUUGACUCUUGCACACCAUAUGCACUAGGGAUUCUGGAAACUUCUAGCAUGACUGCAAAGUGGCCAAGAGAAUAAAGUCCUUGAUGAUAAAUCACAGUAUA